AUCGUCAUUUUGAGCAAGACUCGGUGCGCGCGCACGGGGUCGUUAAACACUUAACUCUGUCUUCAUAACAAUAACAAUGGCGCGUUUCUUACUACGGACAAAAAUCUAUUACGGCGCGUGGAAUACUAGAGUGAAAGUGUGUCUGUUUCAGUAGCGAGCCCUAGAAAAGCAAGCAAAUUCAUGGCUCGUAAAGUCGACAGUGCUUACUCCUGGGUAGUUUGUGCGAGCUGUGUUCUGUGCAACGUUCUCGUCAUGGGGACCGUGCUUAGUUUUGGCGUUUUGUACCCAGCUUUUCUCAAAGAUCUGGGUCGAUCUAGAGAAAAAACAGCAUGGAUCGGCUCCCUCCCCGUGUCAAUCAUGAGCGUCAGUGCCGUCGUGUCUGGAGCACUGUGUGACAAACUCGGCUCACGGCUCACCGGGUACCUCGGUACUGUUGUGUGCUCCGCCGGCCUCCUUCUUUCCUCAUUUGCUCCGGAGAUCUGGAUAGUGUACCUGACCUACGGGCUGCUUCUCGGAGUGGGCACUGGUCUAAUCUUCACCUCUAUCUUCUCCAUAACUGCAAAGUACUUCAACAGGUUUCGCGCCUUGGCGGUGGGAAUAGUCGGCUCGGGUGAAGGACUUGGGAUUCUAGUUAUGGCUCCGGUGAUUCAAUUAUUACUGGACGCACUGCAGCUAAGAAAUACGCUACGAGUGAUGGCGGCGAUGGUCCUGGCCAACACAUUGGUCAUGUAAUAAUAAUAAUAAUAAUAAUAAUAAUAAUAAUAAUAAUAAUAAUAAUAAUAAUAAUAAUAAUAAUAAUAAUAAUAAUAAUAAUAAUAAUAAUAAUAAUAAUAAUAAUAAUAAUAAUAAUAAUAAUAAUCUUUAUUGCCUUAGAUAAAUCAACAUGUCUAAGUUUACAAAAUGUAGGAGAAACCGAUUAUAAGUAAAUGCGCUACAUCAAUUAUAUGUCACUAUAUUUAAAGACAA